CUCCCGAAUUCUCGAUUGCUAGCCUCGCUGUAUUGCAAGAUGUCGGCAUACAAUGGGAGCCAUUUAGAAGCCGUUCCCAAGUGUCACGAUACACAACAGUGGCAGCAAAUAACGACAUAUCUCACAGUUCGGCUAUGAGGAGAUGCAAAAUAUCAUCACAAAACUGCAUCUGUCGAUGCCUUCAAAUCGCAAGUUCAUGGCUAUAAGUAUUGUCAGUAUCCUGGGCUGUUUGCGUGUAAAUGAACUCGAUUUCAAGCUUCUACUCUCUCGAUACCCCGAUCUAAACCUCAAGUCAGGCAGUUCUUGAUUGCAAAUUCCGAGAACCUCAGGUUGCCACACUAAUCGCUCUUGCAGACAGAUUAUUCGUAUCUAAAGUGUCGUUGCCAUUCAUAAUGCCCCGGUCAAGCAGAAGCUACUCAACUCGGAGCGGAUCGUCCAGGGACUCUGACCGUUCUCGCGAACGAAAACCAGAUCCAACAUGUGAAGAGUGCCGCGGUAAGGGUUGGUACAAGAUGGCAAUCGAGGAGGUAACCCGUGCGUCGUGCAAUGU